AUGGAGUUAAAUUUAGACGAUUUUAAUGAUUUCGACCGGUUAGAUAAUAUUUUAAUAAAUGAAAUAGAGAAAGAAAAAAAACAAAAUGUUGGAGACAAGCGUAAAUUUGACAUAUACGAUGAUUAUCAAGAGUUACUAAAUACUAAAAUACAAAAAAAAAAUAAUAAAAAAAAAGAGACUGUAAAUAAUAAUUAUGACAAUGUCAGUAAUAUUUAUGAACAAGGUCAGGAAAAUAUACAAACAAAUGAUAAUUAUCAUAUAUUAUUCAAUCGAGAAUUUCACAACCACUACAUAUUUAAUGAUUAUAAAUACUUAAAAGAAUAUGUGUAUAAAAAUAAUUUAAUGAGUGAUGAUAUAUAUUUUAAAAAGGAUGAAGUUAUAAUGAAAAAUAAAAUUGAUUCACAAAAAAUGUUUCAAACUAAUGAAGAUUUAACUGAUUUUAUAAAAAUUUACGAUGUUAAUAAUAAUUAUCCACCAAUUUAUUUGAAUUUAUUUAAAAAAUCAGAUACAGACACUACUUCUCAAUCGCCUUAUAAUUACCCACUCAAAACUCAUGGCGAAGAAGAUAUACCAUCAAAUUUACAAAAACAAAAUAUAUCUAUAUUUACAAAAUCGAAAAAAGAAAAUUUUAGGGAUAUGCUAGAAAGAGUAUUAAACGAAAUAAAACAAGAAAAUAUAGAUAAAGAAAGAAAAAAUAAAGGUGAAUAUACAUCUACAAAUAAUUUAAUGUCUAAAGAAAAUGAUGAAUCUAAUAUAUUUUCUCAAAAAAUGCCUACUGAAAAUGUUAAUUUUGUAGAAAAAUAUAGAGGCAAAUAUUUUUCAGAGCUUUUAACAGAUGAAGCUAUAAAUAGGGAAGCCAUUUUAUGGAUAAAACAAUGGAACGAUUUAAUAAAAAAAGAAAAAGAAGUUAUCUAUAAAAAUAAUGAAGAAGAAAAAAAAGAAUAUUUUAAAAAAUUUAACGAAUUUCCAAAAAUAUUAUUAUUAGGUGGUUCAGCAGGAAAAGGAAAAACUACUUUAGCUUAUGUAAUUGCUAAUCAUUUUAAAUUUAAUGUUAUUGAAAUAAAUGGUAGUGAUGAUAGAAAUAAAGAAACUCUGAUCCCAUUUAUAGAAUCCAUUGUUUGUAAUAAUUCAAUUGGAUCGAAACCUAACAUCUGUAUAAUUGAUGAAAUCGAUGGAUUAUCUAGUACAUAUCAAAACAUUGAAGCUAUUAUGAAUUUUUUAAAUAAAAAAGAUAAAAAAAAUAUGAGUAUAAUAAAAAGACCAAUUAUAUGUAUAUGCAAUGAUAUAUAUCAUAAAAGUUUAAAAGAAUUAAGAAAAAUUUGUAAAGUUGUUUUGGUUGAAAAUAUUAAUAUACAAAUGUUAAAAGGAAGAAUUAAUUAUAUAUGUGAUAAGGAAAAUAUUAAAAUUAGUAAUGAAGCCAUAAAUAAAUUAAUAGACAUUUAUAAAUCAGAUAUUAGAGCAAUUCUUAACACAAUUUAUUUCCUUUCCAUAGGGUUACGAUCAUUAAAUUUGAAUGGAAAUACAAACAAUGGUGAAGGUACUAACUCAACAUCUUAUACUAAUUUUAAUAAUAAAACUAUAAUUACUUUAGAUACUCUUAAUUUGUAUUUAUUUCACAAAGAUGCAAACAACAAUUAUAUUGAAUUGCUAAAUAUUAUAUAUGUCAAAAAUAAAAAUAAAAAAUUAAUAAAAAAAUUAUUGUUAGAAUGUUAUAACUUUUUUCAUAUAUGUUUGGGAACUGAAUAUAAUUAUUUACAAUCCUAUUAUUAUAUAUACGACAAUUUAUUAAAUAUUCCUUUUAAUGAUUUUGAUUUUUCUAAACUUGGAUAUGGAUUAGACUUUUUAGCAUUUUGUGAUCAUUUAGAAUAUAAACAAAAACAAAUAUUAAAUUUUUCAUUACAAAAAAUGUUAUAUUUAUCUGUUUAUUUAUUUAUAAUUAUUAUACAUUUAAACACUAAUUCACAUAUACAAUAUAUAUUAAUGAACAAUAGUACAAGCAAUCAUUUUAGAAAAAAACAAAUCGAUUUAAAAAAUAUGAAAAAUAAUUUUAUUAAUGACAAAUUUGCAGUUAUCACAUAUAAAUAUAUAUAUUCAAAAUAUUUUUAUUCAGAAAUUUUGAAUUAUAUAUUUGCAUUUUUUUAUACAAAUGAAUUUUUUUUCAAAAAUGUUCAUUUAUGGGGCAAACAAAAUUACUACAAAGAUAUAGAUUUUCCUAAAUAUAUUCUAGUACCUUAUGAAUAUAAAAAUGUUAGUAAAUUCAAAUUAUUUUCUUUGAAGCUUUUACUUUUAAUGACAAUCUUUAACAUAUCAUUUACAAGUAUUUCUUCUUCACUACCUCCAACUCAAUCAGAAUCCACAACUACAACUAAAUCGAUAACUAAUCAAAACUUAAACAAACAUAAUAGUUUUUUAAAUAAUAAUAAUAUGACAAAGGUAUAUAUAUUCGAUCCAUUUGUUGAUGAUUUGUUAAUAUAUGCUCAAAAAAAAAAUAACAUUUUUUCUUCUUAUCCAUAUAAUCAAAAUAAACAAAUAAACUAUAUGACAAAUACAUCUUUUAAUUUCAAAACUUUUCCAAAUAUUCUUAAUAAUGAUAUAUGUGAAGCUUUGAAUGAUUUAAAAAACUGGAUAAAUAACAUAUCUGCAAAAUAUAACAAAAAAAAUAAAGAAAAACAUCUAAAUCAGAUGCAAAUUGUUAAAUCAUCUUAUAACCAUAAAAAUACAAAAAAAUCGAUAUUUGAUGUUACAUAUGCUUCUAAUUUUGAACAAUCGCUAACAGAUAUAAUUUUAAUUGCAUAUCAAAAUGGAUAUCAACAUUCAUACAAACAUUAUUUUUUAAACCAACAAAAUGAAAGUGAUUAUAUAGAAAAUAAACAAAAGAAUCAAAGUUCAAAUAUAUUAUUAGACCACAUCAUACCUCAAACUAAAAUACUAAGCAAUAAAGAUAAUUCCAUAUUCACUAUUUCAGAUUUAAUUGCUCAAGAAAAAUCUUAUAUGAAAAAAUAUAUAAGUAAUAAUAAAAAUAUAUAUUUUUCAGGAAAAUAUAUUAAGACAUCAGGUUAUUAUAAAAAUGUGGAAGAACGAUGUAAUGCUGUUUUACAGCCAUUAAAUUUUUAUGUCGUGGAAAAUAAAUAA